AUGAGUGAGAACAUAGAUACAUCUCCAAAUGGGUUUUACAGAGCAACCCACUUGGGUUUUUUCAAGAAAUUCAAGCGUUUGAAGCCAUUAGAGCCUUCACCUGGUGUUCUUGGGUGUUUCUUUUUCAGUCUUUGCUUUAUACUCUGUUUGCUUUUAUUGGAUUACAGAACCGUCAAUCUUUUAAACGGGAAAUCGUGGUCAAUAACUUGGUUUAAGUUCAAUGAUUUUUCAUUGGUAAAAGAAAAGGUGGGGUUUCUUGAAGAAAGUAGUGGAGGGUGUGAUAUAUAUGAGGGAAAUUGGGUAUGGGAUGAUGAAAACUAUCCACUUUACCAAUCUAAAGACUGUAUGUUCUUGGAUGAGGGUUUUAGAUGUUCUGAAAAUGGGAGGCCUGAUCAUUUCUAUACCAAGUGGCGUUGGGAACCCAAAGAUUGCAAAUUGCCCAGAUUUGAUGCAAAAGUUAUGCUGGAAAAGCUUCGAAACCAUCGGAUAGUGUUUGUGGGAGAUUCUAUAGGAAGAAACCAGUGGGAGUCCUUUCUUUGCAUGCUAUCUUCUGCUAUUACUAAUAAGGCUUCAAUUUAUGAAGUGAAUGGGAGCCCAAUUACAAAGCAUUCAGGCUCUUUAAUUUUUAAGUUUAGGGAUUUCAACUGCACGGUUGAGUAUUACAGAGCCCCAUUUCUAGUGUUACAAAGCCGCGCACCCGCUGGAAGUCCCAAAAAGGUGAAAAUGACAUUGAAGAUGGAUAUAAUGGAUUGGAGCUCUGCUAAGUGGAAGGAUGCAGAUCUGCUGAUUUUCAACAGUGGGCAUUGGUGGAAUUAUGAGAAGACCAUCAGAGAGGGCUGUUACUUCCAAGAAGGGGAAGAGAUCAAGAUGAAGAUGAGCGUAGAAAAUGCAUUCCGAAGGUCAAUUAUGACAUUGAUUGAUUGGAUAAGUCAUGAAAUAGACACGACAGCAACCCACGUCUUCUUCCGAAGUUAUGCUCCUGUACAUUUCAGAGGUGGGGAUUGGAAGACUGGUGGUAGCUGUCACCUGCAGACACUACCUGACUUGAGCUCAUCAUCAUUCUUGUUGGAAGCAUCGAGUGAGUUUAAAACAGUUGUUAAUGCGUUCUCAGAACAUGCGAAGGCAGGGAAUAUGGAUCUAUUGAAUGUGACGGGUAUGACAUCGCAAAGAAAAGACGGUCAUUCUUCCUUAUAUUAUUUGGGGUCUAAAGUGGGACCAGCCCCUCUCCACCGACAAGACUGCAGUCAUUGGUGCCUGCCCGGUGUCCCGGAUUCAUGGAAUGAACUUCUCCUUGCAGUCUUCCACAAACGAGAAUUUACUCGUGGACAAAAUUUAACAAUACCUUCUGCUUCAACUUGA